AUGUCCACAUCUGAAACUCGUCAAAAGCCAAAUUUACUUAUAACUGGGACGCCUGGUACAGGAAAAACAACGCUAUGUGAAACAUUGUCUGAAAAAUUAGGUUUUGAAUAUAUCAACUGUAGUAAAGAAAUCACUGAAAAUAAUUUAUAUUUGGAAUAUGAUGAGGAGUUCGACAGUCAUGUGCUUGAUGAAGACAAGUUCUUGGAUCAUAUUGAAGAUAGAAUGAAUUCGGAAAGUGGAGGAUACAUAGUGGAUUAUCAUGGUUCUGACUUCUUCCCGGAAAGAUGGUUCGAUUUUGUAUUUGUUUUACGAUGUAACAAUACGCUUCUCUACGACCGACUUUCUGCUCGAGGUUAUAGCAGGAAGAAAAUUCAGGAAAAUAUUGAAUGUGAAAUAUUCGGAUCACUAGUGGAAGAAGCUAAAGAAUCGUAUGAUGAAAGAAUCGUUUACGAAUUGCAAAACGAGACAGUCGAGCAGAUGUCUGACAAUUUGGAACGGAUAUACCAGUUGGUUUCGCAGUGGAAGAAGCAGUGA